UCGUUACACUGUUUAUCUUGUAUUCCAGUACGGACAUGCUAAAGAAGAAAUUGAUUGACUGUUUCCCUUUAUAUGGCAUUAUUCUGAUCGUUUGGAUACAUUUGUAUACGCCAAGUAAAGAGUAUGUCAGAUAUAAAGUGGAUGUUAAACCGAUCUGCAAAUCUUUAAACUCAUCCUACAACACAUCAACUGAAAAUAUAUCUUGGGAGGUUUUAGAGCAUCAGAUCAGAAACGUGCUGCCCGGAGGACUCUACACACCUAAUGAUUGUAUACCUAGAUGGAGGGUCGCCAUCAUAGUUCCAUACAGAGACAGAGAAAACCAUCUGAAAGUUUUCUUGAAAAAUAUACACACAUUUCUGCAACUACAAAAAGUCGACUAUGGGAUAUUUGUCAUAGAAAUGGAAGCAUCGAAGCCUUUCAACAGAGGACUUUUAAUGAAUGUCGGGUUCAAUGAGUCACUGAGGCUACACAAUUACAACUGUUUCAUAUUUCACGACGUUGACCUUAUACCAAGAAAUAUAAAAAAUACGUACAGUUGUGACGAUCGUCCGAAACGUAUGGUAUCGAUAAAUAACGAAAGAAAUUACACAGGGACGGAUUACUUUGGUGGAGUAAAUGCUUUUUCGAAGAACCAAUUCAUUCGUGUCAAUGGCUUUCCAAAUUUGUACAGAGGUUGGGGAAGGGAAGAUACCGAUCUUUAUCAUAGGGUUUUAAAUGCAAAGCUGACAGUGCAGAAACUCCCACCUGACAUUGGGCGUUACACGAACCUGAGACAUGCACAAGCAUCACUUGCAUCAGAAAAGUACUACGUUCUUACCUUUUUAUUCAAAUACAGCUUAUAUAAAAAAUAG